CGUAAGUGUUUGACAGAAUGAAGAAAGAGGGUAAACCCAGAAACAUGAUAUUGAAAUUUCUGCCAAAAGUCAGUGUCGGGUUUCAGAACCCUCCGUUCAGCCCAAGCAGAGACAAGAGAGCAAUUAGCGCAUGCAAAGGGUUGUUUCCUUGUCCGAUCGUUUCGAUAAUUCCCGACGAAGCUCGAAGAAAAUCAGAGGCUGGAACGUUCGAAACUCAAGAACCAACUUCACCCAGGGUGUCAUGCAUAGGCCAGAUCAAGCACAAGAAAAACAUCAGAAAAGGUAAGCGUGAUUUGAAGGCCGUCUGUGAGUCGACACAUAAAUAUUCUUCUCCUAGAGAAGUAAAUAAAGAAUUGGGUGAUGAGGACAGUGCGCCACCUUUGGGUCAAUUGAAGCGGUUUGCGAGUGGGCGUGAUGGUCUUGCUAGUUUUGGUUGGACGGCUCAGAUUAAUGCAGUACACGUGGAAGCAGAUCAGCACAGAGAUGAUUACUCUGACGAAGAGGGAAGAGCGUUUAGUGACCUUGAAUAUGAAGAAGACGAAGAAGAAGAAGAAGAAGAAGAAGGGAUGGUUCGUUUCUCAGGUGCAACGGCGGUGGGUGCAGGAGGGUUGGGUUUGCAGCCAAGGAAAGAAAUAAACAUAUGGAAAAGAAGAGCAACCAAUCCACCGAAGCCUCUUCAGUUGAAAUCCUUUUGCGCUAAUUGA